AUGCGGGAUCUGCGUGGUUUGUGGACAGCUCUUAGAUGGAGGCAGAGCAUCGCUUUCAAAUGCGGAGGCUGCUGGGGUUAUCGUCCUCAAGCAAACUACACUCUCGGCCGCAACAACUACUGUGUGCCUCAUUCCACCGUGGCUGGUGAGCCAACCUGGGAAGAAGAAGAUUUCUCUGGGCUGCAUUGGCCUGGCCCUUAUGCUUCUACUCUAUCAAAUCUAUACUACACUCUCGCUAGCAGCCCCUUAGAAGUCGAGGGACUGACGAGCUGUCUGCUCCAAAGUUUACGCGCCUGCCGAUCCAACGUCACUCGAACCAAAAAGGGUACCGAACUUGCCAACAAUAUUUCCAAGCUACCGACCGAGAUCCUUGAUGACAUCUUCGCGGCCAUGGGACGCGACAUGCCUCCCGAGUCUUCUCAUCUAUUGCCCCAGAGACUAGGGAAGGAUCAACUCAAGGCCGGGUCCUGCGGUCUUCUUCCCUGGCUGUGGGAUAUUGAUCCAGCUUGCGUCGACGCCAAAGAUUCUGAGCCCUGUCCUGGUGGUGAGUCUUUCGAGUGGGACUGGGAGCUGUUGGUGCGGCAGCUCAGCCGGAGCGUUGACUACGGUGUUCUCCCAGAUGUACCUGACACUAUCAGAGCCACACCCAGUGUCACUGGCCCUCAAGGCAAACCGACUAUGGCAGGGGCUGGCUAUCACACUGAUUUAGCCCAUGUAACCGCUGGUCUACACAAACGACGUCGCAUAUGGCAGCUACUCGAAGAGAUAUUCGUCGGUGAUACAUUGCCAUGGCCAGCUAGACAACGUUGUCGCUAUGCCUGCUGGUCACGCAUGGAGACGCAAAAGCAGGACAUUCCCUUGUGCUGGGACAAGACUGGAAACAUUUUGGCCCGUCCUAUCUGGCUUCCUUCCAUAGAAUUUGGAUACUCGGAUAAUCCAACAGGUGAGGGCCAUCCCAUGUUCUUCAAGAGGCUUGGGGGUGGGGUACACAGGAGAUGCGGCAAGGCGAGACCUCAGUACUGGCAGCGGCGUGAAGUGGAGAAGAAGCAUGGUGACGAGACUGGUGAGACUGAACAGCAAGGCGAUACUGAGACUCCGGCAGCGACUGUUGAAGAAAUCUAUGCCGUCCUUCGAAAGCUUUCAUAUCCUGUCUGA